UGGAUGGGACGGCCCAACCGUGCAGAAAAAACACCGGUACAGCUGCGGAUGCUUUCGCACACCCGCACUGCCCUGCUCCGCGCGGUCACGGCGUGCCCCGGCUGCCGCGAACAGGAGGCCCUGCACUGCCUCGUCUGCAAGCUGGGCGUCGCCUCCGACGUGAUCCUGGCCACCGCCUUGCUCACCCGCUACGCCAAGCGGGGACUCCUGGUUCCCGCCCAGAGGCUGUUCGACGAAAUGCCGCGCAGGGACUUGGUCGCCUUCAACGCCAUGCUGGCUGCGCUCGGCGCCUCCGGGAGGAUCGCCGACGCCCGGGCGCUGUUCGACCGAAUGCCGGACAGGGCACCGGCCUCGUGGAACACCAUGAUCACGUGCUACUGCAGGGCCGGGGACCUCGCCUCCGCCAGGGAUGUCUUCGAGGCGAGCCUCCGCGCGAUGAGCAGCAGCCUCGUGUCGUGGAACGCGAUGAUCGACGGGUACUGUAAGGCCGGGCUGAUGGACGCCGCCCGAGAGCUGUUCAAUCGCAUGGGCUCCUCGUUGCCGGAUGUCGUCACCUGGAACACGAUGAUGGCAGGGUAUUUGCGCGGUGGGGACCCCGCCACCGCUGUCGCGAUGUUCCACCGGCUGAUGCACAUUCAGCAGGAUGAGGGGGCGCAGAAGCUGAGGCCCACCACGGUGACCAUGACCACCGUGGUGACCGCGUGCACGCAGGUGAGGGACUUCGCCCUGGGCAGGCAGAUCCAUCUCCGCAUCCGGCAGCAAGGGACAAGGAUGGACGCUGUGCUGAGCAACGCCCUCAUUGACAUGUAUUUCAAGUGCGGGAGCGUGGACCGCGCGCUCGAAGUCUUCCGCACCAUGCCCUGCAUCCCCAAUCUCUUCUGCUGGAACACGGUGAUCGCGGGGCUCGGGGUGAACGGCCGCGGCGAGGACGCCGUCAGGGCGUUCCACGACAUGGUCGAAGGAAAGCGAAACCUAACCAUGGUCAAGCCGGACGCGGUGACAUUCGUGGCGGUCCUGUCGGCGUGCAGCCACUCCGGGCUGGUGCCCGCGGGCCGGAAGCUCUUCUCCGAGAUGCUGCCGAUGUACGGUGUGCAGCCCCAGACCGAGCACUACGGCUGCAUGGUGGACCUCCUGUGCCGCGCUGGCCACGUCGACGAGGCCGCGCGGCUCGUGCAAACGAUGCCUGGCCGCCCCAACGCCAAGGUCCUGGGAAGCCUCCUGCUCGACGCCCGCACGGAGCGGGGGGAGGACGGCGUGAGGCUGAGCGAGUGGGCGGCGAGCCGGAUAUCGGAGCUGGACCUCUGGGACGGCGCCGCGUACGGCUUGUCCAACGUGUACGCGUCCCUUCAGAGGUGGGAUCACGUCGAGAAACACAGGAGGGAAGUGCGCGCGGCCGUGAGACACGGGAAGGGCCCGCGCCACAAGCAGCCCGGUCGUGCGAGCUAUGAUCUUGCUAGCUCCGGCACGAACUGAACAGCGGCAGCCGCUCUGCUGAUUGGGAAGGAAACAUGACGCGUCAUCCCAGACCAGGGCGCGUGCCCUUGUGCUGUGGUCCAGGCCGGGGGACGGCAGCAGGGGCACGCAGUGGCAAGUGUCCCCUCCCGUACAGCCGGAUCGGUUCGAUCGAUCGCCAGUGACCAUACGGCAUAGGCAUGGCUAGAUCAGCAUGCAAAUUUUGACUAUAUCAAUGGGUAGAGUCAGCUCAAUAUGAUCGAUCGGCCGAUCGUAUUUGUGUACUAUCAGUAUCUCCAAAAUGUCACCAUUGGCUGGCCGGAUCACGCGGACAAGCCGGGGAAGAGGCCUGUGAUAAGCGCGUCCUUUGUUUAAUUUUUGCCACCACCAGACACUAAUCGGACAGAAUGUCCAGCUGGCCGGCGUGCCAAGUACCAUAUUAGUACUACGGCAGCACAAGUUGGAGAAGAGUGUCGCCCUCGGAUCACCAAAGCUAUCUUAUCCUGACUCAGUUGACUAGCAUCCAUUCUUGCAUCCAAAGGCUCGAGGGGCAGGUGAUGCAGACAGUAAAGUAUCCGUUCUCAUCUGACAUUUCGCGUUUGAUUGGCUAAGAUGUAGUGGCGGAGUUUAGCCCGAAAUUCAGAAGGGGCUGGUGAAACUAAAUAGGGUGUAACUAGAUUAUAGAGAUUAAAUUAAUAAAAUAUGAG